AAGAGAGUAGAGAGAAUUGGAACAACAGCAGACAUGGAAGAGAGCAAGUCAAGCGUGGCGAGUCGGCUGAUGAGCGUGAAACGCACGUCGGGGAAGUCGUACGGACGGAUAGCAGAAGAGACGGGCCUUACCAACGUGUACGUUGCCCAGCUCCUGCGACGUCAAGCUCAGCUGAAGGCCGAUACUGCCCCUAAGUUACAGGCAGCCCUCCCGGAGCUAACCGAUGAACUCCUUCAAGAGAUGAUGAAACCUCCACUGAGGUCCUACGACCCCCAUUUGAUCCAGGAACCCACUGUUUACAGAUUGAAUGAAGCCGUGAUGCAUUUUGGUGAGAGCAUCAAGGAAAUUAUCAAUGAGGAGUUUGGCGAUGGCAUUAUGUCAGCCAUAGACUUCUACUGCUCAGUUGACAAAGUUAAAGGUGUGGAUGGAAAGGAUCGUGUGGUCUUGACGUUUGAUGGGAAGUAUUUGCCUCAUACAGAGCAGAAAUCGGAGCAUAUGGUUUCAAGGCUAAGGCUGCAGGGAGAUUAAAGGACUUCCUCAUCACGAGGCUAGGAGCAUAUGGUUGGUGCGGGGAGUUUACUGAACAUCCUCAUCAUAAGGUAGCACCGUAGACGCUCUGUUCUGAGUCCAUUAUAUGAAUGAAACCAUGCGAGUUUCAUAGCCACCAGGCUUUGUUGAAAUAAAAUCCAGCUGUGUGAAGUUGGUGCUUGUAUCAGUAUGUUAUCUUGAAGAGGACAUCUGAAUAAAUAUUAUAUGGGAGGUAUCCAUCCAACUAUACUAGACCCCUGAAAUCUGAUGCAUUUUUUAAUCUUAGCGUAGCCCCUGAUGUAAUUUUGUUU